CAGCUAAGAGAAAGUUUUCCGGAUGUAACAAUGUUAGCUUCAUUUGCUAAGUUCUGACAGAAAAAAAGCGUCCUAAAUAGUGCAUAGAAUAAGCGUCUAAUUGAUGUCUUAGAGUUUCUACUUGAUAGUGGGCCCUAGGAAGUAAAUUUAGCGUGUCUGUAUCGAACACGCUGAUCGUUUAUGUCUGAAAUUGGUUGGCCUUGUUUAGCAAAAUGGACAGUUAGCCGCCGCCGAGCUAAGGCGGCUAAAGUUCACGGUUUAGUGCUACAAGGCGAGUCCUUUGAUCCGCUGGACCACAUGAAGAUUGGCAGCCAGGAUUGUGAAAAGCAGAAUCCCAGGUGGAUCCAGGAUGUCUGAGAUGAUGAAGGUUGAAGCAGAGGAGCCUGGAGGACUCAGUUUGGUGCCUCCCAUACCUGCAGCAUCAGAACUGGAGCAGAAACAAGAUGACAAAGAUCUCAUUCGUCGGAUGUUUGUGAUUAAUGUGGUCCCCCAAGACUGGAGCCCUGGUUUGGACCAACACGGCCCAGGACUCCCCCACAUAAAGGAGGAAGAGGAGGAACUGUGGAUCAGUCAGGGUGGCGAGCAACUUAAUGUGAAGAAUGAAGAUGAAGAGAAACCUCAGUUAUCAGAGUUACAGGAAAUCAAAGCUGAAGACAACAGAAAUACUGACGAUCCAGUCAACAGUUCGGUUAGACACAUAACACAAAUUGAUGGAGAGGACUGUGGAGUACCAGAACCAUGCAGGAACUCUGAUCCUGUAUGCUCUUCCCACCACAUUAAAAUAAAAGUUCAUAAAAAUGGUAAAAGAUCUAAACUGUGUUCCACACGUUCGACUCAUAUUGAAGUCGAUUCAGGGGAGAGGCCGUUUGAUUGCAAUGUUUGCGGCAAAAGAUUCAAACGCAAGUCUCACGUUAAAUUACACAUGAUGACACAUACCGCAUAUCGAGAACACAACUGUGAUAUUUGUGGUAAAGGAUUUAGAGAAAAGAGUUCUCUUCAGACCCACAUGAGAAGGCAUACAGGAGAGAAACCAUUUGCCUGCGACAAUUGUGGCAAAAGGUUUCAUGCAAAAAAGUUUCUUAGCAGUCACAUGAAAGUACAUUCAGGAGAAAAACCUUUUUCUUGUGAUGUCUGUGGUACAAGAUUUAGGGUAAAGGAGUCUCUUAAAAAUCACAUGUGGAUCCAUGCCACAGAAAAACCAUUUGUUUGUAACUUUUGUAGUAAAGGGUUUUCACAAAAGGAAAGUUUAAAAAGUCAUUUGCGUGUUCACACAGGCGAAAAACCAUUCAUUUGUUCUCUUUGUAGUAAAGGAUUUUCACGACAACAAAGUCUAAAAAGUCACAUGAAUGUUCACACAAGAGAGAAACCUUUUAUUUGUAGUGUUUGCAGUAAAGGAUUUUCACAAAAAGAGAGCCUGAAAACUCACAUGCGUGUUCACACAGGUGAGAAACCGUUUAUUUGUAGUGUUUGCAGUCAAGCAUUUUCAUUAAAAGAGAGUCUAAAGACUCACAUGCGUGUUCACACGGGUGAGAAACCAUUCACUUGUGAUGUUUGCAGUAAAGGAUUUUCACAAAAAGAAAGUCUAAAGAGUCACGUGCGUGUUCACACAGGGGAAAAACCAUUUACCUGUCGUGUUUGCGGCAAAGGAUUUUCACACUCUGGAGGACUGAAAACACACAUGGCAGUUCACACCGCACAAUUUAGCUGUAGCGAGUGUGGCAAAUGUUUUGUAAAGGAAAUACAAUUGGAACGACACAUGAGACUUCACUCUGAGGAGAGACCAUUUGGUUGUGAUGUCUGUAAAAACAGAUUUAAACACAAGUGUCAUCUUGAAAGUCACAUGAAAAUCCAUUCAGGAGAGAAACCAUCUGUGUGUAGCGUUUCCUGUGAAACAUAAUCCCAAGAUGGAUUCUGUGGAAAUGUAGAAAUGGUGAUGAGUGCUGCAACUAAUGAUUAUUAUAACAGUAGACCAGGGCUGAGCAAUGACAAAAAAAAUCCUAUGAUAAAUUUUUGGCUGUAAGAUCAUGUCUUUAUUUUGAUUUACUCACAAAAGGCAUGAAAGAAAAAAAACAGCUUUGUACUUAUCACCCUAUAAUAACCAGUUUGCACAAUUUUGCCAGUUUCUGUCAAGCAAACCAGACAUUUAAAAAUGCAAUUAAAAUCUAAAGACACAAAGCUCACUGUUCCAAGUGUCUGUUGUUGGUGGUUUCAGUUGCCUUUAAGCUAUUCCAAGUUUUGCGCACUUAAUUUUGGGUUCCAUUUGCCUCGGAAUUUGAAACUAACAAAUGUCACAGAUUACCUCAUCUCCGCUUUUUUCUGUUCCAGUUUCUCUCUUGGUGGAUAGCUGAACUGUUCAAUUGAGUAUGAAACGGUAAACAACGGUGGGGAUUUUUCAUUCCUUGUUUAGCCAAUAUGGCUACUGUUUUUAAAACAAUAGCAAUGACAAAACACUAUUCUAUGUGGUAUUUUGAGCAUAUAAACAGCACUGAAAAAUCCCAUUUCAUUUUAUUUUUUAAGUUGUAGGAAAUGAAAGAAAAAGUAAUUUAUACUGUAUAUCUGAGCAAGAGCAUAGAACUAUGUUGCAUAGUUGAAUAUGUCUUAUUAUAAACAAUAUCACACUCUGCUUUGGUAGCUAGUCUUUCUGAGUAGUUGAUGUUAUUUCAGUCAAUUUCACCCUCUAAGACCACGUUCUGAGUGUGAGAAAACAUUUUAUUCAACCUUCUUGUUUCUGAUGACUUUUGCGUUGGCUGCAGUGGUGCUACUAAUGUUUUAAACUUAGACCUACUGCCACUUCAGAGCUUUCUUCAUCCCACCAGCAUAAACAUUUUUAAAUGUCAUGUAUUUUAUUUUGUAAACAGAUGUAAAGCAUUGUAAUGUUUUUAAAUAUUUGAUUGUUUUGUAAAAAUGGUUGAAAGUAUUUUAAAAGCAUCAUUGCAUACCAAGGUUAACAAAGAGUGGAUAUUGUUGUUAUUAACAGUAGUAGUCAUUUUUAUUUGAGUUUAUAAGUGUCACAUUUUAACUAUUUUACCAACACAUAUAAUGUCUUCUGUAUUUGAUUCUGGUUUACCUUUUGUACAGUGUUGACAUGGACUUUAACUGCAUAUCUCUGUGAGAUUUCUUAUUUAGAAAAGGUUAAUAAGAAAUAAGACGUAAGGAAUAAUUAUUAAGUUCUAGUUUAUAAUAUCUUUCAAAAGGUGGAGUUUUUAUGUUCAGAAAGAAUUGGGCGUCAAACCGCUGCUGGACAUCAAAAAAACAACUAUAGUUGCCGUUUUACUAUCAUCAGUGCAAUAAUCAUGAGCCACACAACAUGUAGUUUCUUGGUUCUUUUACAGGUGGUAAUUAACGUUAAUAAAUUCCGCCUGAUUGCUCCCCGGGCGCCACACAUGGCAGCCCACUGCUCCCCAAGGGUGAUGGGUUAAAAGCAGAGAACAAAUUUCGCUGUAAUGUAUGUUUCAAUGUAUGUUUCAAUGACAAUAAAAAUGAUAUUACUAUAUUACAUUUAUUAGAAAAGCAAACAUGUUAGGAGAUGAGUCAGGAACGAAACAGAUCAAGGAUUGGGACUGCUGUUUAUUAACAGAGAAGAUCCCACAAGCUCAUUUUCAUAAUAUAACCCUUUUUAAAGGGUGCAUCAGCUGGAACACAUGGACUCAAGUCAAACAUUGAUGUUUUUCGGUCAAUGUAUCCAGGAAAGAAGAACGCUACAUAAAUUAAUAAGAUGUCAAUGGUCUGCUUACAUCCAGAAAAUACGUUUUAGUUAUGUGAAACUUCUUGCAUAACAACAUGUAGACAUUUUGCUGUUCUGAGUGUAAGCAGACCCUUGACAUCUUAUUAAUUCAUGUAGCGUUCUUUCUUGACGUAUAGACAGAAAACAUCAAUGUCUUUACUGUAAAACACAUUAGCCAAAACAGUGUGACCAAGAGAAAAAAACUGUUGCUUGUAAGGAUAAGAAAAAAGCAGCACAGCUAUUAAUAAUGGUCUUUUAUGUAGCGCCAACCGCGACUGCUGUGUGUGGAUGUGUAAUGAGAGUAACGUGAAAGUUGUAUAAAAUGCGACUUGACCGUUCAGACUGCGGACGCUUUGAGAAAAAUCCAAUAAAUAUCCGAAUUUCUUUGUUUUUGGGGGAGAUUGGAACUGGGCUGUUCACAUUGCCACGUAAAAGACGGAUUUGAGUUGCAAUAUGGGCACAAAGAUCGGAUUUGGGUCGCAUUUCCUUGCAGUGUGAACGUAGCCCUUUCCCCUGCUUUGCCUGGUAGCCAGAGGGGCCAGUGGUGCUGGUUGUAUGAUAUUUAACAUUUAAACCCACUGGCAGACAAAUGGAGAUAAGAUCCCGACACUUAAGUUGAGCAUUUUAUGGUAAAAAGCAAGCAAGGGGUUCUUGUCUGGAAGAUAACCGUGUCCACGUACCAGUUGUAGUUGUCUCUGCUGUUGUGCAAUUAAUUGAAACUAAAUAGGUUGUGUCUCUUCAAUUCACAGCUUUGCUAACGUUGUCUAAAGCUUCUUUAUAUCUGGUUAAAACAUGAAUUAAUGAACAAGCCUCUGUGGUUUUGAUUUAUAAUGUUUUUCAUUCAAAGCUAUUUUACGUUUACUCUCGUUAUGAUGAAGCAGGUUAAAUCAUGGAAAUCCUAUGAUUGUUUGUUUGUUUCUAUUUUUACUUCCUUGGUCACAGUGUUUGUUAUCUUUUCUUUUUUUUUAUGAUUUUAGGAGAAAUGUUGGAAGUACUCAGUCCCACUGCUACAAAGUAAACUUUUCUUCAACUUGACCUUGUAGAUUUUUUUUAUGCUCAAAGAGCAUUGUUUUAAAAAAAUGUGAACUGCCUUGAAAUAAUUUUUUGUAUGUAUUGGCAAGAUUUAAAUGACAGGAAUUAAAUUGAUAUUUUCAGAACAAUUGAAUUUUCAUGGAGAAAAACUAAGAGUUGUUAGAGGUAUAUCAAAGCAUUACUUGUCUUUCGUUGUUCAGUGAGGAGAUAGUAACCAUUUGGGAUUGUAAAAUGAAACUUUCUGGAACAUUUCAAGCUUUUGUUGAAAAUGAGGGUCCAUUAAAAAAAGCAUUUCAACACGGCCGUCUUUGAGGGCAUCUGGGGGUCAAAUGUAGGAAGAGUAGCUUCAAUCUACAAGUACAAAUCUCCAGCUUCAUGAUGAUCGCCCACGCUAACAACUAUGUAGCGAUUUUCUACAAUCUGGCCAUCACUGUGGUGCUUUUAAAUAUAUUUGUGUUGAAAAUUUGAAGUUGUCUCAUUAGUAUAUGCAAUAAUUUGAUGAAUAAACUUGAUUUACUGU